UCAAAUUUGCUUGCUGAUCUAAAUUGCAGCCAGGAUGGAAAAUUACUGUGACUAAAGCCCACUCCCUCAUGGCCAUAUAAACAGCGGUGCAAAGACAGACCCUAGAGCUCUCCUGGACUGCAGCGGGCUGAGACCAGCACCUCUCUCUGAGUGGGGCCUCAGAGCAAAAGAGCUCUCAGCAUUGCUGCUCCUGGAGGACCAUCACCAAAGGACAGCAACAGAGCCUGGGCUAAUACCCCCACUCCUAAGGGCUCAACCCCGAGAAGAUGCAAAGACAUCCAGUGUGAGUCCUUCACUGAACUCAAGGGAAUCUUUCACAGAAGCUCCAGAGGUUCAUCGUGUUAUCCAGACCCAUAGGAUUGGACACCCCUGCUCAUCCAUUCCAGCCUGGAGACUGGGUGAAUGUUAAAUGCUGGGACAGUGACCCUCUGCAAGCUGAGUGGAGAGGAUCAGUCCAGGUCCUGCUGACUACCCUCACCACAGUCAGAGUCGCUGGCAAAGGACCCUGGACUACUCCAGAGUUAAGAGGGCCUCUGCUCCUGGAACACCUGGAAAAACAGAGACGGAUACAAAUGAAGAUGAUGUGGUUUAAAUUGUUUUUUCUAUGUUUACUCUCUGCACAGUCGGUAACAAUGAUUCAGCUUUGGAACCAAAAUUUGCAUGCGGCUCUAGUCCAAAAUGUGUCCAAUGCUCUUCAUAAAAACAGUUGUUGGAUUUGUACUCAAAUGCCAAGAAUUAAUGAGGAUAACAACUGGCCAUUAAUUGGUGUUUUAAUGAAUGAGACAAACCUUAACAACAGUUGGGAACAGGUCACUAAGGACUACCUACCUGUAACUCUAAGCAGCUUAAUUCCUGAUCAAGAAAAUUAUAAGGUUCCCUGCGUGGUGGUUAAUGUCACAGGAAAGGUCACUCUCCCUCCGUAUUGUCAUAAAACUGAAUCUAAAAUAAGGCUGGUACCAAAAGCCAUAGUAGGAUUGGCACAGACACCCUGGAGAAUGGUUCCCCCGCAGGGUUCAGGAUGGUAUUGGAUAUGUAAAAAUGAAGCAUGGAAAGUUUUGCCCCUUGAUAAAGACCGGGCCUGUGCCCUUGGGGCUAUAAUCCCAGACAUAACAGUAUUUGGUCACCUCAAAGAACAAAGUGGGUGGAGGUGGACUAAUAUAAGAAGGAUAAAAACACCCAAUAAUCCCCUUGUUGAGCAUCCUAUGAUUUUCCAUAGUGCAAUUAUGGCUCCUGUUCCUUCUUUAGAAGUAAAUGAAUUGGAAAAAGCAAUUGUUAACAUUUCGGCCAUUAUUGAACAUACUGAGAAUCAAAUUUCAGAUGCAAUCAUGGCCUCACGAGAAGAAGUUUGGGGUUUGGCUCGUGUGAUUCUGCAAAACAGACUGGUUCUCGAUUUUCUACUGGUUUCACAAGGGGGCAUGUGUAGAGUCAUUAACACUAGUUGUUGUUCUUAUAUAGAUGAGACUGGAAGAAUUAAAAAAGAUUUGGCUGAAAUUUGGAAACAAACUCAAAUUUUAGAUCAGGUAACUCUCGAAGACGACUCAUUGGGCUUUGAAAAUAAUAACCAUACACUUACUUCACAGUUUCCAAAGCUGAUUUGGAUAAUACAACUCUUCAUACUAGUUGUAUUUGUAGUUAGUGUCUGCAUAAUGACUUGGUGUAUGUUUCGAUGCUGUAGCUUCUGGUCAUCUUUAUGGAUUAAUGUUAAAUAUAAAUGGUAGAGACUAGACAAGAUAGAAUUUUUUUGUCAAGUCUCUAAAGAGGAGAAAUGAUGCCUAAAGAUUUUUAGCUUUUUAAGAAUUUGUAGCUUUGUAGAUUUUUAACAUACAGCUGUAUAGUUUUUAGGACUUUCUCACACUUUGGAACAGUAGUCUUUCUCACAUUUUAUGCCACAUUCUUGAAAUUCUCUUUGGUCUUAUUUUCAAGAAAAAGAAUUUCUAACAAGAAUAUCCUGCUUUCUACCAGCAUCUUGGCCAAAAUAAUAAGAUACUUCAUGGGCAUAACAAGAUACAGGGCUAAGAACCCUUGGGGGGGGCUCCAGUGGGGCAGAUGGAAGGGUGGGUUACCAGGGCAACCACUCUCCUGCCGGAUUUACUUGCUAGAUAUGCUAAUUAGUUAAACUUAUAAAAAUCAUGACAAUUUGAUGCUGUGUGUGUGCAUAGGUAUAAUGUGCGCACCUGAAAGCUUUCAUUAAAAGACUGCUCUUAUGUUAUCAAUUUUAAUAUUGUUUGGAAAGUUUUUCUACUGAAUUUAGGCAACAACUUAACUAAAAUCAGGGAGAUAAAACCAGAGGAUUCCUUAAAUCAGGAGUGGCAUAGACUGGGAGAAUGGUUACAUCAGAAAUUAGAUCACACUGGCGAGGAAGCUUUUUAUUUUGUUGCACAGAGCAAAGGGGGGGCCUAAGCAGGAAAACUUGUAAAACUAUUCUUACAGAAUCUCCUCAGUGUAGAUUAAAAUUACAGUUAGAUUACCCUGCUAAAGCACCACCCCUACAUAUCAGUAACGGAAAAACUUACUGGGUAAGUCAAAUAGAUUCAUAGAAAGGGAUAAUGGUCUAUUGUAAAAGAGCUUUAAGCCACAUAUGACCACUCCUCAAGGUUCAAUCCUUUGCCCAUUGAGAAGAUGCAAAGACAUCCAACUGGAGGGGAAUUUUCACAGGUAUUUAUUUACCUUGUACAUCCUCCUGUAGGUCUGUGUGGGUGUGAAUGUGCUAUAGCCAAUGUACAGUCAAUGCUGCUCUGCUAGAUUCUUAAAUGCUUUAGAGUCAUAAGUAAGUUAGGCCUAUAAGUGAGUUAUUGCUGUGCUACUGUAAGUCCUAUAAGAAUCUUUUGUUAAAUUGUUUAAAUUAAACUCUCGAUUAAGUGCUGUUAAGUCUAUUAAAACCUUUGGACCUAAAUUGUUGGUGAAGUCUGGGGUUAAGUUUGGCAAGGGGGUUCACUCUGAAUAUUGUGACUCAACAGGAGGGUCUCCCUUAUUCUUUCUUAUCCUUACCCUUUUCCUAUCCCAUCCUCCAGGUAGAUAAUUUUAGUUUGAUUUUAGUUUGAAAUUGACUGAUUUUAGGUUUUAGUCCAAUUUUUCUCUGUGUGCUUUAACCAUCUAGUAAACAGUAGAGUGAACCUUGUCAAUGAACUUUGUCAUGUUUUCAUUUUAACAUUAAACCUGCUUUUGCUGA